CCCCCCCUCCCCCAUACCCAUACCCACAACACCAUCGGCUUCCCCACCGCACAUCCGUCGCUUAGGCGCUUGCUUGGACCGCCUUUCAAACUGCCUCACUCGUGCGGUUGUCACUUUAGCAACCUCGCGAACGUGGAGAGCGCUGGCUGUCAAGUCUGCAGGCUUUGAGCUUCGCCAAACAUCCAACCCCUCGUACGCGAUCUGGAACUUACAUCCCGUGGAUUCCGGCUUCCGCUAGUCAAUAUUCGACGGCACUCGUCCUCGUGUACUUAGUCUUCUUUUGGGGCAAGAUUUGCUAGCUGCGGGCAGGCUAGCAAGACACUCAUGUCGUCGCCUCAUACCCCUGGUGGAAGUGGGAGGCAAGGGAACAACAGUCCAGAAGUAGGGGCGGGAGACGGGCCGCCACAAUAUAGAGUAGCUUUCCCACAACCUAUGGCAUAUCAAGAAUCCGCGAGCAGCGCUCACGUCGGUCGGAGAUCUUACACCCACAACGGCUAUGCUGGCUCAUCGCCACAACCGCCUUCUCGGAGUUUCCCAGCAUUCCCGACUAUGCCGAUGGAGGAUCCGCUAGAACCUUCGUCCUCCAAUGAUCCACACGCAAGUAACGACGUCGGCAGUUGUCUGCAUCUCUUACUCAGCUUAGCCGAUGAGCUGGCACGGUUCCGGAUCGAGGAUAUCCGGAAUGCUGCCUUGACCCAUGACGAGCCCGAUGGCGUUCUGCGGACCGUCAGGAUGGUUUCCGUGUUCUGCAGCGAGAUCGAAACCGCGCUGCAAAACCGCACCGGGAGAGUCAACACAUUGAAGGGGAAAGGCAAAGCACCAGCUGUCCUCUCCACACCUCCACUCUUUUCUGAGCGGCUGACACCGACACCGCACUCGGCUGGCUCAACAGAUUAUUAUCCUGCAAACGAGCAUUACCAUGCAGCUGAAAGGCCGGUGGACGCGACGUUCGGGCACGAUCCCAUUGAACCUGCGCCAGUCGCAGGCAGCAGCGACGCUGCUUCCGCGCAAGAUACAAAUGUGUAUACGUGCUACCAUGAGGUAGUAGCUGACCCUUCAGACGAAUUGGCAAUCAACAUCAAACUCAUGGAUCGCGUGAAGCUGGACAUCGAGAUGGACGAUGGUCUUACCGGAAUAGGGACGAACCUGAACACCGGGGCGAUGGGGUCUUUCCCUUUGAGUUGCAUAGUCGUGCCAGACGACGUCGAUACCGGACCAUUACCUAGGCGUGGACCAUCGCUCGGCUCUGUCAGAGGGUCUGGUACAGCAACCAGCAGCCCUGCACCGACUAGGAACUCGUCCAUAACAGGGCACUCUGCCCCUUUCAUACCAAACGUCAACCUCGCCGCCGCUCACGCACCCUCGCUUCCCGAGCCGGUUCUCGCGACGCCUGUCAAUGAUGUUACCGCAUCUCCUGUUCUGGGACCCUCCUCGCACGCUAUGCACCUCAGCACGGCUGACGGCCUCCCUCGCACAGGGAGCGUGAAAAGCCUAUCUUCGUUCCAUUCCGAUGGAUCUGGCCGCCCCAUGUCAGGUCAUCUCGGCGGAUCACCUUGGGGUGCCGCUACCGGCCCCGAAGAGUAUCCAGCCGUCGGAAACCAACAACCUCUCCCCGUCCGCGCAGCCUCCAUCCAAAGCAGCAGCUCUGCCACCAGCAAAGCCGACGUCCCGCCCACAUCACACACUCCAUCACACACAGCAGUCGACGCCACCGGAUUCGCCGACCCCAAAUCCCGCCUCAUCAACCCAUACGCCAACCUCCAAGAGCACUCCCAACCACCCCCUCUCUCCGCUCAAGUCAUCGAAAAGCGAAAAUUCGCCCGCCAAGUUGUCACGGAGCUCUACGAAACCGAAAAAAACUUCCGCGAUGGCAUGCAGAUCCUCAUCGACCAGUUCAUGGUCCCCCUCGCCCAAUGCAUCUUCACCUCCACCACCACCUCCCCGGACUCCGAGAAUGCCGUCAUCACCAAGAUGGAACAUUCCAUGCUGUUCCGCAAUAUCCCCGGGUUGAGAAAUCUGAGUAAGAAGAUUUGUGGGUUGCUGAAGGAUGCGCUGGAUAGAGCGGAGAGUGACCAGGAAGGACCGACGGGUGGCGGGGCUGUGACGGCGGUUGUAGAUGUUUUCUUGUCGAAUGUGGAGUUUGAGGAGUGGUCGACUUAUGUGAGGUAUAUGGAGGGGUAUGCGCAUGCGAAGCAGACCUUGACGACUAUGAAGAAACGGGUUGCUUUUACGACUAUGUUGGAGAGAUGUGAGAGCGCUAAGGAAUGCAACCGCUACACAUUCGACCACUACAUGAUCCUCCCCGUCCAGCGGAUCGGGCGGUACCACCUCCUCCUCGGCCGGUUAAAGAAAGUCACAGACGAAGAAGAUCCCGUCCAUCAAGCGUACGUUGUCUGUCUUUUCCCACCACUUCCUUUUUUCAUGGAAAUGUAAUCCUGGAGGCUGAUCUGCGAGUUGUUGUUUGUUUGUAGGAUCGAAACGGCGGAACAGUACAUGAAGCAGAUCGGCGACGUGCUGGAGAGCGUGCAGAAACAGGAGGAGGAAUUGAGGAGGGUGUUUAGCGUGUUUCAGGAGAUUAAGGGGUGUCCCGUACGUACCCCU